AUGAAAACUAUCGCGACCUUUGCGGCCGGCGCAUUAGUCGCUUCCGUUGCUCGAGCGCAAGUUGUCCAAUGGGAUAUACAUAGAAGGCAAACAGGAACCAGGCUCGUAAGGCGACAAGAUGGAACAGUUACAGAGGUUAUCACCAACGAGAAACUUAGAGGGGGUUAUUUUGCCUCUUGCACAGUCGGCACUCCUCCGCAGAACUUAACAUUACAACUGGAUACCGGAUCGAGCGACAUCUGGGUACCCUCGAGCAGCUCUAGCGUCUGCCAAGAAACUACCGAUAAUCAGGGCUGCACUCUGGGAUCUUUUGACGAAAGCGCUUCUACGUCCUUCUCCGUCGUAGGGCAAAGUGAAUUUAGCAUUUCUUAUGUCGACGGUAGUCACUCGAAAGGCGAUUAUAUCGCAGAGACGUUUGGAAUCGGCGACGUCACCUUGACCAAUUUAACUAUGGGUCUUGGCGUCAAUACCGAUAUCCCGUACGGCCUCGUUGGUGUGGGAUAUGUAGCGAGCGAGGCUAUUGUCGGUAGCACCCGCUCUACUUCUUCCACAUAUGACAACCUCCCGGUGAAGAUGCAGAAGGAGGGACUUAUUGCUACCAAUGCGUAUAGCUUGUGGUUAAAUGAUCUAGAUGCGAGCACUGGUAGUAUUUUGUUCGGCGGAAUCGAUACUGAGAAGUACCAAGGCGACCUUACUCGAAUAAACAUCUACAAAGAUUCGCGCUCCGGGGUUUUUUCGUCCUUUACUGUCGCUUUAACAUCCGUACAAGCGUCCUCUCCAUCAGGAACCGACUCCCUCUCUUCCGAGUUUCCCAUUCCCGUCGUCCUCGACUCUGGCACCACAUUCAGCUACUUGCCAACGGACCUAGCAGAACAGAUCUGGCAGGAGGUAGGCGCCAGUUAUUACGCUGAAGUGAAUCUCUCGCUGCUCCCCUGUAGCAUGGGAAAUAGCCAAGGCCACUUCUCGUUCGGCUUCGGUGGUUCUGGCGGUCCAGCCAUCAAUGUUACGAUGGACGAACUUGUUCUACCACUGAAUGGUGUUACCAGGUUUGAAGAUGGUCCAAAUGAAGGGGAAGUGAUCUGUCAAUUCGGUAUCCAGAAUUUCAGCAGCAGCAGUGCAACAUUCCUUCUAGGAGACACUUUCUUGCGGUCGGCUUAUGUGGUCUACGACUUAGUUAACAACCAAGUUGCGAUUGCGCCUACAGAUUUCAACUCUACCACAUCUAACGUUGUCGCAUUCCCCAGCCUUGGUGCUCAAAUUCCUUCGGCUACCGCGGCGCCUAACCAAGCCGAGGUGACUCAGAGCAGCUCUCCCGAGACACCGUCGUACGGUGCCAGCGGCGGCUUCAAGGAUUCUGCCGCCUCGCUACCGCCUCCCUUAGAUUUGUCUAAGAUAGCCAUCAUGGGAGCUAGUAUGAGUCUAGUGAUGGUCGGCAGUGGAUUUUUUCUCCUUUUCUAG